AUGCCCCAAAUCUAUUGCUACCUCAUCAAGUCAUCUUUUCCCUUGAACAAAUACCAGAGCUCCUCAUUGGUAAACAUUUUUGCCAAAUAUGGUAACCUGCAACUUGCACAUGAGCUUCUCCUCAACUCACCAGACACAGAUACUGUCUCUUGGAACUCCUUAAUUUCAGUUUAUGCAGAUAUAAAAGAUACCCAUUUCUCAUUUGGGUUGUUUGAUUCACUGCAGCGUACAGGCUUAAGACCUGAUGUAUACACUUUGAGCACACUUCUUAAGGCCAGCUGUGAACUUGGAGAGAUCGAACAAACCCAUGGCGCCAUUAUAAAACUGGGUUUUGUUCAGAAUGGAUUCACAGGAAGUGGGCUCAUUGACAAUUACUCGAAAGCAGGGGAAUUGGGUUUGGCAGAGAAAUGUUUUGAGGAGUUCUUGGCUUUUGAUUCAGUGGUUUGGGCCACCAUGAUUGCAGGCUAUGUGAGGAAUGGACACUCAACGAAUGCUGUCAAAUUAUUUGAAGAAAUGCAUAGUUUAGGCAUGGUAGUAACCCAAUUCAGUCUUACAAGUGUACUCAGUACUAUUGUUGAAAUGGAUGAAAAUAUCAAAGGGCAACAGAUUCACUGUUUGGGCAUAAAGCUGGGUUUAUUAUAUGGGUUUUCUUCCGUCUGUAACUCUCUUUUGAGUAUGUAUUGCAGAUGUGGGUUUAAAACUGAAGCUGUCGAUGUUUUUGAGGAGAUGGAACAGCCUGAUAUUGUCUCUUGGACUGCCCUUCUUGGAGCUUAUGAUGGAGAGCAAUGUAUCAAAGUGUUCAAGAAUCUGUGUAGGAGUAAAAUGGAAAUGAAUGAGUACACUAUGAUCAAUGCCUUGUCAGCAAUCGGGAGCUCAAAGCUUUUGCUAGAGGGAAAACAGCUUCAUUCUCUUUGUUUAAAAGCUGGGUUUGGGUCUUUUGUCUGUGUAGCCAAUGCAUUGGUUUCAAUGUAUUCAGGUUGCAUGAGAAUCGAUGAUUCCCGAAAAGCGUUUGAUGAAACAGACGAAAGAGAUGUCAUUUCAUGGAAUGCCAUGCUUGCAGGCUAUGCAGAAAAUGGGUAUUCUGAUCUAGCUUUUACAACGUUUUCAUGGAUGAAUUGGGUUUCAGUGAAACCCACCAAAGCCACAUUUUUUAGCCUUUUGGAAGGAAUUGCAGGGCUCCACGAAGCUGUAAAAACAGUGCAAAUCCAUACCCACAUGAUCAAAUUGGGUUUUCUAUUGGACAAUUCCAUUGCCACUUGCUUAAUAACAGUGUAUGGCAAGUGUAGCUUGGUAGAGAAAUCAAGGCAAGUUUUCUAUGAGAUUGCAAUGAAAGAAACUACAUCCAUGAAUGCAUUGGUGGCUGCUUUCGUCCAAGCCAGUUGCUUUGCUGAUGCACUAAAACUAUUUCAAGAGAUGAGGAAUUCUUUAAUUGCAAUAAAUCAGACCACAUAUAGCAUUGUUGUGAAGGCUUCCACUGCCUUGACAGCAUUGGAUCAGGGCAAGCAAAUUCACUCCCUUGUACUUAAAUCAGGGUUUGAGAAUGACAAAUUUGUGGGAAGCUCCAUCAUUGACAUGUACUGCAAGUGUGGGAGCAUCAAUGAUGCAGCAAAGGCCUUUGAGAAACUAGCCAAAAGCAAUGUGGCUUCAUGGAAUGCAAUGAUAACAGGAUAUGCUCAGCAUGGAUGCUACAAUGAGGCUCUUUGGUUGUUCGAGAGGAUGAGUGGUGAAGGAAUGGAUCCAGAUCAGAUCACAUUCCUGGGGGUUCUUUACGCAUGUUGUCAUAGAGGCCAGGUUGCUAUGGCCAAUUACUACUUAAACUCAAUGCUUGAAUGCUGUAAUGUUGUGCCAUGCUUGGAGCACUAUGCAUGUGUAAUCGAUCUUCUUGGAAGACAUGGGAAACUCAAUGCUGUGAAGGAUUGUAUUGAGCAUAUGCCUUUGAAGCCUGAUGCUCGAAUUUGGCAAAUGUUCCUCUCAGCUUGCACUAUUCAUGGCAAUUUGGAGCUUGGGAAAGUGGCAGCAAGAGAGCUAAUCUUGUCGCAACCUGAGAAUGAUGCAGCUUAUGUGUUGCUUUCAAACCUCUAUGCUUCAGCUGGGAUGUGGGAUGAUGUUAGGAAGAUGAGGAAAUUGAUGAGAGAGAAAGCAGUGAGGAAGGAUCCUAGUUAUAGUUGGAUACAAGUGAAGGGGACUGUACAUUUAUUCUAUGUAGCUGAUAGCUCCCAUCCUCAAGUUAGGGAGAUAUAUGCAAAACUAGAGGAAUUGAAUGGUCAUAUGAGUUUCAAAGAUGAAACAUAA